AUGAAGUUGCCCGCAGGUUCCAUAUUUGUAUUUCUCUCCACAGUAGCUGGCAUCAGUUCUGCCUUUCUGCAGAAGCGACAAUUCAGUGAUGACAGCUUCGACUGGGCCACCGUCAAACCUUCACGCAGCUUGCAGUAUCACGACUGCUAUGACGGGUUCAAGUGUGCGCGCUUGAAAGUGCCGCUCGACUGGACAACUGCCAAUUCGUCGAAAUGCGCAAGCUCAUCCCGCUGGGCUGCUAUAGGCAUAGUCACUCUCCCGGCGUCCGUUCCCGAGACUGACCCGUCAUUCGGCGGCACCAUUCUCAUUAACCCCGGAGGCCCCGGCGGGGGCGGCACUGAAAUGGUAUUGGAUAUAGGGUUGUACAUGCAGGCAAUAUUGGACGGAGAUCGACACUAUGAGAUCCUCGGGUUCGACCCACGAGGUGUGGCACUGAGCACCCCUCGCGCCGACUGUUAUAAUGACGACCUCAAACGAGCCGCCGACUUCAUCCAGAAAGAGGGACUGCCGGCGAUGACGUCCGGCUCUGAAGCUCUGACUCACCAUUACCAAGAGACAAGGGGCCCGAGUGACCUCUGUGCCGAGGCUGGGGAGGACAGCAUCUUCAACUACAUGUCGACCGCCUCUGUGGCGCGCGACAUGGUCGAGAUUGUGGAUCGCGUUGACGAGUUGCGGCACAAGAACUUGACCUCGGCGGAGGAUGGAGAGCGCGAGCUGCCGAAGCUGCAGUACUUCGGCAUCUCGUAUGGCACGAUUCUGGGCAAUACCUUUGCGUCCAUGUUUCCUGGUCGCGUGGGCAGGAUGGUGCUUGAUGGCGUAGCCGACGCCGACGACUACAUGAGCGGUACUUGGGCGAAGAACCUCAACGAUGCUGAAGUGGUCGUCGACAAGUUUUACGAGACGUGCUUCCGCGCUGGAGGACUCUGUCUCCUGAAACAGGAAGCAGAUGGCAGCGCGGCUGACAUCAGGAAGCGCGUGGACGACUUCAUACAGGCGUUGGUCAAAACCCCCAUCCCUCUUGCUGCAAAGUCCAGCGGUCAACAACUACGAGCGCAAGGAUGUCUGUGUCGUGCCAGGCGACUACUACCCUCCUCAAAAUUACACCUGGGACAGCGAGGCCGGAAUGGGUGUGCUUUGCGGCGAGCGAUCAAAGCCGGCGAGCGCAAUAACGUUUCCUGGGCUGAGAAUAUAGUUGAGCAGCUUGAUGCCCAGUCACCAACUGCUGGAGAGCCUUGGGCGCGGAUCCCGCUCUCCUGUUCGGGGUGGAGGUAUCGACCGAAAUAUGCCUUUAGGGGUCCGUUCGGCCACUUGAAUCUCGACCUUUCGAAAGCAGAAGACAAGCCCGCGGCUCCGCUCCUGAUUCUGUCGACGCGACACGACCAAGCUACACCACUUGCCAACGCCGAACAUCUGUCGACGCUUUACCCCGGAUCAGCCGUCGUCAUCCAGGAGUCUGUGGGCCACUGCGCCUUGGUCACCUCCAGGAGCGAGUGCACUGCGCAGCAUCUGCGGACGUACUUUGACGUUGGAAAGGUCCCGAGAAGCGGGACCACGUGCGAGGAGGACUGCUCUCAUGGGAUCCCCUUUGUGCCCUGUCCAGGUUUUGCCGAUACGCCGAGUUGA